UCGCGGCGCGGCGCAGGCGCGGAGCGCGCAGGCAAGAUGGUGCUGCUGCGGCAGGUGUACGGCUCGCUGUUCCGCCGCAGCUCCACGUUCGCGCUGUCGAUCGUGCUGGGCGCGGUGCUCUUCGAGCGCGCCUUCGACCAGGGCGCGGACGCGCUCUUCGAGCAGCUCAACGAGGGGAAACUGUGGAAGCACAUCAAGCACAAGUAUGAGAACUGAGCAGCUCAGCAGCAGGAGCCAGCCUGGGGUGGCAACAGGCACUGCAGGGAUGGAUUCAGCCUCCUGAAACUGGGAAUGGAUUCCUGAUGGAACAACUCCGAGCCACCAACUGAUACCAUGUGAAGCCAGAUGGACUCGAGGAGUUCUGCUGCUGUACUCCACUUACUGUGUUCAAAUAAAACUCCUGGUCCUCCCUUG